GUUAGUAGCGGUUCUUGCUAGCAAAGUGGAAGAGUUUAUGUUUUUAAAAGGCCUAAUUUCGCACUUUUGAAAGUAUUUAAAGUAAAUUAAAAUAUAUUUAUAUUGAUAUAUUUGCUUUUGGGAGAGUAUUACAAUGUAUCACAGCAGCACUGAUGAGGUAACAACGAGCGGGGACGUCGUCCGUGAAAGUGGACAAAAACGGAGUUUGUCCAGCAGCAGAGGACUGGACGAAAGCACCGCUUCCUCGGGUUCCAACUGCCUUUCUUCUGCUCUGUCACGGCAAAGCUCAGAUGGGAGCAGCUCCAAAUUAAGCCAUGAUGGUCCAUCACUACCAGGAAUGAACUCAGGUCAGUGUCACAACAGCUCCAGGAUUGGGAUGACGCCAUCAUCAGUCCUCAUGUCCACCUCAGACAGCUCCUCUCUUCUCUGCAACAGAGAAACACCAAGAUUCAGAAGAACUCCAGGGUCUGCCGGGGCCACAGGAACAAGUAGCUCCUCUGGGUCCAUAACCUCUGGUGCCUCAGUGAUCGUAGCGGUGGUUGAAGGACGUGGUUUGGCGAGAGGAGAGAUAGGCAUGGCCAGUUUCAAUCUGAAAAGUCCAGAGCUUGUACUUUCUCAGUUUGCAGAUGCAGGAACAUAUGCCAAGGUUAUAACCAAGAUUCACAUCUUGAUGCCAGUGGAAAUACUGAUGCCAGACACAGCCAGCGAGAAGGGGAAAGGAACUAAACUGUACAAGCUGAUCACUGAGAACUUCCCAUGCGUAACUUUUACUGCAAUCCAACGGAAGUACUUUAAUGAGAAGAAGGGACUGGAGUACAUUCAGCAGCUUUGUGCUCCGGAGUUUAACACUGUCCUCAUGGAAGUGCAAGCAAAGUACUAUUGCCUAGCAUCCGCAGCUGCUUUGCUGAAAUACCUAGAAUUUCUACAGAACUCUGUUUAUGCUUCUAAGUCACUUAAAGUGAGCUUUAAAGGGAGUGAGCAGACAGCUAUGAUUGACUCGGCAUCUGCCACUAACUUGGAGUUGGUGGUUAAUAACAGAGAUCACAGGAGUGAGCAUACUCUUUUAGGGGUACUCAAUCACACGAAAACUCCCGGCGGAGCCAGGAGACUGCGCUCUAAUAUUCUGGAGCCUCUGGUGGACGUGGACACCAUCAACAUGCGCUUGGAUGCCAUUCAAGAGCUGCUGCUAAAGGAGGAGCUUUUCUUUGGGCUGAAAAAUGCUGUAAGUCAUUUCCUUGACAUUGACCGGCUGCUUUCUGUUCUUGUCCAAAUUCCAAAGCAGGAAACGGUUCAAGUUGCUGAAGCUAAGAUUACGCAUGUCAUUCAGCUGAAGCACACGCUGGAUCUGGUGCCACAGUUAAGGGCGGUGCUGAAGGACUGCAGCACAGCUCUACUGAAGGCRUACAGCACCACACUGGAAGACAACAGAUUUGACAUGAUCCUCAACCAGAUCAAGACAGUGAUCAACUGUGACACCACAUAUCUGAAAGGCAGCCUGAACAUGCGCACCCAGAAGUGUUACGCCGUGCGGCCCAACAUCAACGAGUUCCUCGACAUCGCCCGCAGAGCUUACACCGAGAUAGUUGACGACAUCGCAGGGCUCGUGAACCAGCUGGGGGAGAAAUAUGGCUUGCCGAUGCGCACUAGCUUCAGUACGGCUCGAGGUUUCUUCAUCCAGAUGAAGCUAGAAGGUGUCGUUUKUCCUGAGGACAAACUCCCUGCAGAGUUCAUCAAGGUUACCAAGCACAAGAACAACUAUGGCUUCACCACUGCAGGCUUGAUGAAGAUGAAUGGACGCUGUGAUGAAGCCCUGAGGGAGAUUUUUCACAUGUCUUACAUUGUGAUGUGUCAACUGCUUAGCACCAUCCAUGAGCACAUUCACUGCCUCUAUAAACUCUCUGAUGCUGUGUCCAUGUUGGACAUGUUGCUGUCACUGGCUAAUGCAUGCACAAUCUCAGAUUAUGUGCGGCCUGAGUUCACAGACACUCUGGCCAUCAAACAAGGUCGUCACCCAAUGCUGGAGCGAAUGGCUCGGCAGCAGCCUGUGUCAAACAAUACCUACAUCUCAGAGGGCAGCAACUUUGUCAUCAUAACYGGUCCCAACAUGAGUGGCAAAUCCACCUACCUCAAACAGGUGGCGCUGUGUCAGGUCAUGGCUCAAAUAGGGUCCUUUGUCCCGGCUGAAUAUGCCUCCUUUCGUGUUGCUGAUCAGAUUUUCACCAGAAUUGGUGUGGAUGAUGAUUUUGAAACCAACUCCUCCACUUUCAUGUUAGAAAUGAAAGAGAUCUCUUACAUAAUCCACAAUGCGAGUGACAAGUCCUUGAUCAUCAUUGAUGAGUUGGGGCGUGGCACGAGUGCUGAGGAGGGCAUCGGCAUCUGUCACUCAGUCUGCGAGGUCCUCCUUCGCCUUAAGGCGUUCACUCUGUUUGCCACACACUUUCUGGAGCUGUGUCAGCUGGAGUCCCUCUACCCUAAUGUGGAGAACCAGCACAUGGAGGUUCAGCACACGCGCAGUGGUGACACUGGUGCAGAACAAGUGGUGUACACGUAUCUGCUGAGUCGAGGAUGCUCUGAAGAAAGGCACUAUGGUUUGAAAGCAGCAGCAAUGACCGCACUUCCUCUGAGUGUAAUUCAAGAGGCUGAGAUUUUUGCCUCUCGAGUCAGCCAGCAGCUUUUGGCCAAACAUCAGACUGAUCCAGAAACUCAGAGACAGAGAGCUGUGUACCGCCUGGCCACUCGCCUCCAACAGACUGCCAGAAACUCGAGACUUGACCCCGAAAGCCUGCGUAUGUAUCUGAAGGGACUGAGGAGGCAAUAUGAGGCUGAGCUGGAGGCUGCAGGGCCCACAGAGAGCUUAAACACAGAGGAAUAACUGAAUAUUCCCUUUAAUAGAAAAUAAGAAUAAUAUACUGAAAGUGGACAUAUUGGGCCUAUUGUGUAAAGGCUAAGUCAGCAUUGGCUAAUUGAUUUCAUAUUUAUAGUUUCUUCCAUCUGAUUUUUGGACUGUAACUAUUUUAGCAUACUCUCAGUUCAUUGUUCGUCUCAUUUAAGAAAAUGUUCAGCUUUUUCAGAACACAGCUGUGACUUUUGGUAUUGUAACAUUUAUGUAUAUUUUUCUCAGAAAUGCAAAGUGAUAUACCUCUUCCUUUAAAAACCUUGUGCCUUUGGAAAUUGUUAUUUUAAGCUUUUAGUCACUGUUAUACUUGUUUUAGUUUUUAGCUACUACAUGAUUGUAGCUUUGAGCUACUGUUAUGCUGGUAUUAGCUUUCARCUAUUGUUUUGUUAGAUUUAGUUUUUAGUUGUUUAGCUAAUUUUGGUUUAUGUCUAGUGGUUUGCUACUUCUAGAUAAUGUUCUGUGGGUUUUAUCAUUUAGCUACAGUGUUAUGAAUUUUAGCUCUUAGCUAAUAUUCCACUUAUUUCAGUUAGGUUUGAUUUCCAGUGGUACUGUUUCUUGUCYGUCAAAUUAUUCUGUUUGGCAGCAUCAUACCACAUAUUUUGUUAUGGUUUGUCAUAAUGAUAUUUGUAUUGUGAAAUGAAAAUAUGGCAAAAUAAAAGUUUUUUUUUGUCUCAGGAAAAAUAAAGACCUAAUUUAUAAAAAAAUAUAUAUAUACCGGUA